UGAAGGAGUACCUGGAGGUUCCAAUCCAGCAUCGAGGAGGAAGUGCAGUCAGCGCAAGCGAACACUGAAUUAUUCCAAUCGGCGAGCGAAUCACUUUAGUCGUACAGGUCCACCAUGCAGCCGUUGAGAGAGAAUAAGACUUUGAUUACAGAGAUCCUGUCUGCGGAACCUGAGUUCAUCCUUCAGCAUGUGCAGCAGGCGAAGAUAGUGAAUCAGCGUGAAUACAACAACCUACAUGUCGCUGGUCAUCCCCCAGAGACCAUCAUCAUCAAUCUUCUGGAUAAAGUGAUGAACAAAGGAACGGCAAAAUGCCUUGACUUUGUGACCCUGCUGCAGCAACCAAAUAUCACAGAUACCUACCCUAGAAUGAAGGAAGUAUUCAACAACAACCUCACAGCACCCAGUGACCCAUACACAACCUCCAGUACAGAUACUACUGGCCAGGCGGUCGGAAUGAGCAGUGAGGUCUGUCAAUACCGAAUGACCAGCCUGCCACGUGGUCAUUGUUUAAUCAUCAACAAUGUGAACUUUAAUGAAAUGAAGGAAAGACAGGGAUCAGACAAAGAUGCUGAUGUUCUGAAGGAUGUGUUCCAGUGGCUCGGUUUUGAGGUGACUGUACUCCUAGACCAGACAGCAGUGCAGGCCCGCAAGGAAUUGAAGAGGUUUGGUGACGAGACGCAUGGCGACGCCUUUGUCUGCUGCGUACUGAGUCAUGGUGACAAAGGAGUUAUCUAUGGCACAGACAACGAACCCAUCUCCAUCAAUGACCUCUUUUCACCCUUCAAAGGCACCAACUGCUCCACCCUCAUUGGCAAGCCCAAGGCCUUCUUCAUCCAGGCAUGUAGGGGGAAAGAUACCCAAGCUAGAGUGCAGUUGGAGGCAGACACAAAUCCAGGUCACCAGAUCUACAUUCCAGCUGAUGCUGAUUUCCUGUUUGCCAUGGCCACUGUUGAAGACUACUACUCGUUCAGAGACCCAACCCGUGGGUCCUGGUUCAUCCAGACUCUGUGCAAACAGCUCAAACAGGGCUGUCCCAGAGGUGAUGACAUCCUGACCAUCCUAACACAGGUCAAUAGAGUCGUGAGCCAGAAGGAUGACCGAUACAAGGCGGCCGGGGAAUACAAGCAGGCCAAGCAGAUGCCCGAGCCCAAGUACACGCUGACGAAGAGGCUGGUGUUCACAGUGCCGACCCAAUGAGACGACGCCAGACAAAAGAGAAAGUGAGACAUCUCACAGGCCAAUUUUUGUAUGGUAGGGCGAGCGGAGAGACAGUUUUUAUUGGGCAGUUUCCCAUUGAAAAAAAUCCUGUCUGUGUAAGUGGGCGUCCACUCUCACGUGAGCAUGCCAGAGAUUUCCGAAGAACUGUUAGCUCACGCGGGAAAGCAUGCGCACACGAGUGCUUGACCUUGACCAUUUUUUUUCAAUGGUAAACAGCCUUUAUUAGACAUCUUCAUUAAACACCAUCUUUGACGAUGGGUUAUGACCCAACAGCCUCAAGACCCAGAGGUCACAUCCUGUUGUCGUGGUCACUGUGGUGUUUUAUGUUUAUGUUCUGAGCUGAUCUGUUGCUUGGUGUUGAAAUGAAAGUUUUUUUAUGCCUUGUUUGAAUAUUUUUUCCUUUUAUAGUGGGGAGUUUAGGUGGUUUCGUGCUCGUGGGAAUGAUGCGUUCAUGUGCUAGUCGGAAAUGGGAAAAUCAGAAAUUUCCGACUUGCAAACUAAUGGUGAGCUAGCUAACAUAACUAAUAAUAAAGUUAGCUAGCUUGCUUAACAUUGACAUAUGGUCAAACUGGCUACAUUCUCCAUCUUGGUAAGGUUGUAAUUGUCCAAAACAGAUUUGUCAUCUUCAGGUUCAAAAGGUAAAAAGUCAGUGGUGAUACAUCACAAUUUGGCAACAAGAUUUUCUGAGUUUGCCACUUGGAGGGUUGGUUAAAUGAAAUAUCCCACUGGGAACUAGGAGCUUCCGAUAGCACGUGAACGCAAAUCCUGCAGAUAUACCAAAAGUCCAGUGACAUUGCUGCAUCUCAAUCAAGUAAACUAGGCUAGAUUAAACCAAACUAUAAAUGUAUUUGAUAUGUGAAGAGUUCAGAAUCACCAUUCUUUGUAAACAAGUGGAUUCUCAUAGCAAGAACAAAGUAAUUGAUAUCAACACAUUGCUUAAGCUUGACUUUAUUGCAUGUUGUGAUUUAAUCUUCUUUCCUUAUUUGGGUUAUUUUUACAAUCAUGUUCUUACCUGCCUUUCACCUUAACAUAUUUUAUACCUGAAAAUAAAUAUCUUAAUCAACA